AUGAGCGCUUUUCAGCGCCUCCGGCUGCUGACCCGCCAACUGGCACCCGUGCACGCACGUGGCGUGGCGUCUGGCGAGCAGUUUGUGGAGGUGAAUGGACGUAAGCUGUAUGUCGUCACCCGAGGAGAUGUGGCCAAAGGCUGUCCAGUGAUCUGUUUGCCGGGCGCCAUGGGCACCGCGCUCACGGACUUCUCGGCGCAGCUGGACGGCUGGGCACCACAUCUGGGCGUCGUGGCCUUCGACCCGCGAGGAUAUGGGAAGUCGAGGCCCCCUGGGCGGCGCUACCCAGCGGAUUUCUAUCAUUUAGAUGCUCAAGAUGCGGGUGCCAUCAUGGACUCCUUAGGCAUCCCUUCCUACAAUGUGGUGGGCUGGAGCGACGGCGCGAUCUCCGCCACCAUCCUGGCGGCUACAAGGCCAGAGGCUGUAAAGAAGUUGGCCGUCUUUGGGAUACAAGGCUACAUCACCAAGGAGGAUAUUGAAUCCUAUGAGGGCCUGCGCGACGUCGAGAAGGCUUGGAGUAAACGCAUGCUGGACACCCAUCGGCCCGUCUAUGGCGACGACUUGCAACCCAUGUGGAACUCCUUUUGCGAUGCGAUGAAGAUGAUGUACGAAGCUGGAGGUGACAUGUGUCAAAAGGAAGCCAAGAUGGUGAAGUGCCCCACCUUCAUUCUGCAUGGGGCGAAAGAUCCUUUGGUGCCGGAGCAUCAUCCCAAGUGGUUCCAUGAGACCAUCCCAAACUCCAAGCUGCACAUCUUCCCGGAGGGCAAGCACAACAUCCACCAGAAGUUCGCCGAUGACUUCAACCGCUUGGUCUUGGAUUUCUUCAGCGAAUGA